AUGGGCCCGCCCGUGCGAGUUGCCUUGCUCGGCGGUGGGACAUUCGCUCGGUCGGCGUACCUGCCCCUGCUCACACCCGGGCAGACGGAUCGCACUCUGAUCGGCAUCUGGAGCCGGACACGGGAGUCGGCGGAGUCGGCGGCUGGUGAAGCAGGAGGGGUGCCUUCCUGGCAUGGAGAGGUGGGCCUGCAAGAGGUGCUGGCCCGGCCAGAUGUGGAUGCGGUCAUCGUGGUCGUGGCUGCCCAGGCCACACUCCAGAUCGUGCGGCAGGCGCUGGCGGCGGGCAAGGUGGUGCUGUCGGAGAAGCCGGCGGGCCCCACCGUGGCGGCCGUGAAGGAGGUGCUGGAUUGGAUGCAGGCCUCUGGCAUCCCCGCAGCACGCUGGUCGGUCCAGGAAAACUACCGCGGCGAAUCGGGCCUCGUCAUGGCCGCUGAGCUGGCGAGAUCUGGCGCGCUGGGGCGCCUGGUCAAGGCCGACCUCGUGGCCGAGCUGCCCAUGAACCCCGGCAGCAGGUACUACGCCAGCGCCUGGCGCCGCCAGCUGCCCGGCAGCUUCCUGCUGGAGGGCGGCGUGCACUUUGUGGCCGCGCUGCGCCUGGUGUGCGCCGCGGCGGGGGCAGGGGAGCCGGGCCGGGUGUCGGCCCUCCUCACCCGCGGCAGCGAGGGCGUGCCUGGGCCCGAUACCCUGGUCGGCUGGGCGCGGUUUGACGGCGGCGUGCCGGCGGGCGUGAGCAUCACCCAGGCGGGCGCGAUCCCCCGCCUCUGCGUCACCCUCGUCGGCACCCAGGUUUGGAUGGUCGUGUGGAUUGCUCGCGGGGGCACGAUCGAGGCCAAGCGGGGCCAGUGGGGGGCGUGGACUGCGGCGCCUGCCAACAGCUACACCCUGCACGCAGAGUCGAGCGGCGACGUGCCCGCCUCCGUUGACCAGCGCGUGCUGCCUUUCGACGGCGUGGGCACCCAGGUCGGCGCAUUCGUGGCGCACGCCGCCGCCCUGCGGGACGGACGGGAUGCUGAGCUGGACGCCAGCCUCAGCGUGCAGGAAGCUGCGCGGGACCUGGCCCUCAUGGAGGCGCUGCUGAGGUCGGGGGAGCGGCAAGGCGAGGCGGUGGACGUCGAAAGGCUAGCCUGA